AUGACCUUUUCAGACUUCGACCAGCCAUUCCUUCUCUGCACGGACGGCUCUAAGGAUUCCGGCUCCGGAGCGGCCUUACAUCAGCUCGACGAGAAUGGCAACAAACGGCCCAUCCUACAUUUGUCCAAAGACUUCUCACUCGCUGAGGAAAACUACCAUUCUGUAGAACUAGAGACUGCAGCUCUAGUCCACAGUGCUAUAUUCAACUCCUUCAAAGACACGGAACUUGGGAAACGCCCUUUACUCUCACAACUUCUUGCGCAGAACGCGCAAAUUGCGCUUUUCGCGCGAAAAGCGCAAGUCACGCAAAUAGCCAGCCAUGUUUUCCAACAACUCAAAACUCUCCAAUUGGCCAACCCCGCAAACCCACCGAAAGGAUCCCGAGACGCAUCCUUGCAACCCCAUGGGGAAACCGAAUCUCACCCACCUCCUCAGGAUGAGAAUCCCUCCCUCGCAUGUGGAUCCCGAACUUGCUCCGUCAAGGCACAAUACACUGCAUAUGGACGCGUGAUACUGAUGAAAGCAAGUGAGAAAUCAACGGUUCUCCAUUCAUCCUAG